AUGGACAAGCCCUUGUUUUUGGGACUCUCCAUCCUGCUUGGCUGCAUUAGGAGCCCCAAGAAGAUGAAGGGAAAUGAAAGGAAGGAGGAGAUGCAGAGAUGCCCGGAGGCAGGUGCCAAGGCUUUGGAGGGACAGAAAGAGCCUAGACUGGCCCCAGUACAGUCCAGGAAAUAUUUAUCGAGGAUGCCCAUUAUUCCAGAGAUCGCUUCUCACUUCUGUUCCUGGUUUCUUGGUCCGAUGACAGACCUCGUUCAGUGUAGAAUGUGCCACCUGCAGUUUCCAGGAGAAAGGUGUUCCAGAGGCAGAGGAGUGUGCACUGCUAUAGAAGAUGAGGGUUGCGUGACUGGGAGGAUUUUCAAGAAAGAUGGGACUCUGUGGUUGACCUUCAUGGGUUGCCUGAAAAACUGUGCUAAUGUGGACAAAAUAAAAUGGAGUGUCUACUUGGUGACGUUCAGGUGCUGCAGGGUCUCUGACUUUUGCAAUGAAAACCUGUAG